CUUGUUAUUGUCUUCUUCACGUCAAAAUCUCUAUUGGGGCUUUGGUGAGUUGCUACGUAUGGAAAUUGGAAAAGAUUAAAAGAAAGACGUUGACUAAUCAAUAAAUAGUGACUAGUCCCAGCCAAAGCUUCGGACUUUUGGCGUUGAAGUUUGAACUCUUCUUUCUUCUCUUCCCUCUUGCAGCUUCCUUGAAGUGCCAUUCCUUGUUCUUUUUCUCCUCUAACAACCUUGUUCUCUGUUAAGACAGUUUUGGCACCAACAACUUUGUUUUCAGUUAAGACAGACAACUUUGUCUUCAUCUUCUGCGUUUCAUUUCACUUGAAUAUACAUAUCCAAUUGGCAAUUGGUAUCGAUUUAAAGGGAUAUUUUAGAAGAUGGAUCAGGAUGAGAUGAGAGACAUAAAGAAUGUGAUGCUGUAUUGGAUGGAAGGAGAAAUUGCUAAUUUCAUCAAGGUAUGGCUCACUGUUCACAUCUCUUUGCUCUACUGCUAUUUGGCUGCAAAGAUUGUUCCAAAAGGCAUCCCCAGACUGUUGAUUUUCCUUCCUGUACUCUGCCUCUUCAUAGCUCUUCCACUAAAGCUCCAUUCUUUACAUCUUGGAAUCACAUCUGCAUUCUUUGUAGCUUGGCUUGCAAACUUCAAGCUCAUCAUGUUUGCCUUCCAUCUUGGCCCUCUUUCCGACCCUUCCAUUUCCCUCCCACGCUUUCUCGCAAUUGCUUCCCUCCCAAUCCGAAUCCAAUCCAAUCAAACAAACCCAUCUGAAGUAAGUGUUAAAAGUGACCAAAAAUCAGUCCCAAAUGCAAAAAGUAGCAAAAAGGUUGGUCAAAAAUCGAUCUUGAAUUAUGCAGUAAAAGGGAUUAUCCUGGCUUCCAUGAUCAGGUUGUAUGAUUACAGUGAAUUUAUCCAUCCAUUCAUCAUUUGUAUUAUGUAUUGUUUCCAUAUCUAUAUUGCAUUGGAAAUCAUUCUAGCAAUAGUUGCAACCAUUGCAAGGGUAACAUUGGGGGCAGAAUUGGAACCGACUUUCAAAGAACCUCUGUUAUCGACCUCUCUGCAAGAUUUCUGGGGACGCAGAUGGAACAUCAUGGUGACGCGUGUCUUACGCCCUACCGUAUACGAACCGGUCCACAAAUUGUCCGCGAAGGUAUUGGGCCGUGAGCUGGCCCCAGUUCCGGCGGUGUUUUCUACAUUUGUCGUAUCGGCCCUGAUGCACGAGCUGAUAUUUUACUAUAUGGGCCGGACUUGGCCCACGUGGAGAGCUACUUGGUUCUUUUUGCUCCACGGGGCUUGUCUUGUGGUGGAGAUUGCGGUGAAGAGGAUUGUUAACGACCGGUGGCGGUUGCCGAGGUUUGUCGCCACGGGUUUGGUUUUUCUGUUUGUUAUGGUCACCGGACUUUGGCUGUUUCUGCCGGAAAUGUUGAGGCAUAAUGCUGACGUCAGGGCAUUUGAGGAAUAUGCUGCAUUAGGUGCUUUUGUUAGGGAUGUGAGUAGGGCUUUGGAUAUGAUACAACCUUCCAAUUCAACAACAUACACUAGUAGAGCUUCAUAGUGAACCAAGUUGUAAGAAAAUUGUCUAUUUUUGGUCUGAAGGUACAUUUAUGUUAUAGAAGAUUAUACAUUAGGUUAUAGGUAAACAAAUCUAUUGAUUGAAUAUUAUUGAGAUAAUUUUUCUUCACUAUUAAUCAUGUCGAGUCAUAUUUUCAUAUAUUUAUUAUUUAGUUAACCAUUCCACAUUAUUAUGAGAAUGAGGGAAUAUAAAUAUCUCGAUAUAGUUGUUAGCCUUCAAUGUUUAGAAGAAAAAUUAUCUGAAUGAUAUUUUCGUUUUUUAAAAGAAGGCCUUAAAUAAGG